AUGGCCUCUACAACACGAAAGAAACGGCCCUGCUCAAAAUGCGACAAAGCAGCGGGCAUAUUUACUUGCUUCGGAUGUCAAAAAGAUUUUUGUUAUCGUCAUGUAGCUGAACAUCGACAAGAACUUAAUAAACAAAUGGAUGAACUCACUACUAAUCAUGAUCAAUUACAACAAACAAUUGUCGAACAAGAAGCACAACCAAAUUGUCAUCCUCUUAUACAAAAGAUCAAUGAAUGGGAACAAGAAUCAAUCAAUAAAAUUCAUCGAGCAGCUGAUGAUGCUCGCAAACAAUUAUUAACUAUUCUUGCGACACAAAGAAGUAAAGUGUCAAAUGAUUUAACUCAUCUUAUUCAAGAAUUGAGCGAAGCACGUAAUCAAGAUGACUAUGUAGAAAUAGAUUUGAAAGAAUGGAUGAAAAGAUUAAGUGAGUUACAAAAAGAUUUGAAUGCAGCUCAGUCGAUUGAUUUUGGUACAGACAAUAAUGAUAGUGCAUUGAUUUCAAAGAUUUCUAUUAAAGAAAUUUCAACUGACUUUUUCUCACGAAUCAUUGGCGAUAUCCAAAUUAUAGAAAAUGGUAGGGUCGUUGUUCAUGGUCAAACCUAUCAAAAUGCUGCAGCAUGUGGCACAGGUGAAUAUUCAUGA